AUGGCAAGACAAGGAGACCGCGCAGAGAUCGAUAAGCUCUUCGACUCGCUCCAAGCUGACGGCAAGCUGAAACGCGCCCGAGUCGCAUACACCAAGCGGAUAUCCAGUGUUUGUCCGUGUCGGUCGCGUGGUGAUAGACCUUCGGGCGCAGAACAAGCUGGUCGUCAAGGAUAUCUACCUCUGCCAACCCAAGCCGACAUCAUCGCUAUCACCCAGGGUAAGCGAUACAUGUCCGUAUUCGACGCCGCCAGGUGCUUUUACCAGUGGCCAGUACACCCAAACGAUGUGGGACAGAUGGCGGUGAUUACAUACCGCGGCCAAGAGGUGUUCCAAGUGGCUACAAUGGGAUUUUGUAACUCCGUCACCUACGUGCAACGGGCCAUGGACAAUAUCCUACAGGAGUUCCGUGAAUGGUGUCGGGUCUUCGUCGAUGAUAUAGUCACGGCGCCCGACAACCUCCAAGCUCAUGUCGAGCACCUUCAUCUAUUGCUCCAGAAGCUACAGGAGUUUAACAUCUAUCUAGAGCCCACGAAGGUAUUCAUCGGGUUUCCCUACAUCACCUUGCUUGGACAACAGGUGGACUCACUGGGAAUGACGACCAAGGUCGAUAAGCUCCAAGCCAUUACUAGCUUAAAAUUCCCUCGAACGCUAAAACAGCUAGAGACCUACCUCGGCCUUACCGGCGCCUACAGGCACUAUAUCGUUCCAUUGGAUUCCGAGAAAUGGAUACUAAUGAUGGUGGCCGAUGUGGAUCUUGUUUACGGGGACCACUAG